GUGUGUCACUCAGACGCGCUGCUCAUGACACCUCCAGCCGGUGCCGGCGGCUCUUCCUCUUUCUGAAGAAGCGCUCAGCAGAACAAGUCGUUCUCGAGCUCGUGUCGCGCGCUUCGGUUUCACUUCUUCCAGCAGCCCGCGCGCAACUCGCUUACGCACCGCGGUGCUCGCGGCCGUGAUGCGCGUAGGAGGAACGGGCUUAGUUUCCACUGCGUGUGGCAGAUCCGUCACACGUUGGGGGUCCAGUUAGUAAUUUGAGUAAUAUUUUGCAGGAGAGUAAAUAUGGAUGUUUGUUUUCUAUUGUCAUUUAUUGCUACAGAGUGACGUGCACUGAUUUGCUCCUUUUACACUGCUUGGUGGGAUUUACUGCAAGUCAUGGUCAGUACCUUGCAGGGGUACUCCAGCACGUGGUGGGAUUCGAACCCAUGUCCUCAGAGUGUCAGGCUGGAGCAGCUGUAACCGGGGCGCCACGUGCUGAUGGGCUCAAAUCACACCAGGCUGUUGGUGUGGAUUUUUGGUGUAUGUAUGUAGCGGCACCGCGAUACUGGUGCCUCGUACUGGUAUACUGGUACUGGUACAGUAUUACCUUGUGGGAAAAAGCAAUGUGCUAAAGUUGGGGAUGAUGUAACAGUGAGCCACUAAGUGUACCACAAACCGUACCGCGUUUUACUUCACAGCGUCCGAGUCCGAGCUUCUUUCACCUUCCUAUUGAACUUGGCCAUGAAAUCCACACGGUGCAGCGUCCCCUUCACACCAUGCUGCCCUUUCCUCUAGCCACCCGUCCUCCGUCACACACUGGCCGCCUGACACACCCCCGUGAAGACACACCCCCCCCCCCUCCCCAGUGAGUCACCGCGCAACUCAUUUCCUCGCACUAUAAUACAGCUUUGUUUAUUUUGGGGAGGACAGAGCGGCGCGCGCACAACGCUACAAAAGGAGCGGCCCCGGCGACUGCGGUGUGUGAGACACACACGCACUUCUGAGAGAGACCGUGAGCAUCGGUGGAGCUGCCGAGCCUUACAGUGAGAUGAAAUUUUCUGAAAUCUCUGCAACAUGGCUUUGAUGAAGGGAGGAUUCAUUUUCACCGCACUGAUUAUUGGCUGCAUGACAGCGGCGACCACGGGAACCAUGGUUGGCAACAGCACUGUCAACGCAACCCUGGGUCAGUCAGUCACGCUGCCCUGCGUUUACAACCCUAAUGCCCCACUGGAUAAGCACUCCAUGAGGAUUUACUGGCAGUAUCAGGCUGGGAAAGAUCCAAUCGCGAUGAAGAUGUACAACAAAGGUGUGAUGGAGAUGGGAACACACAUCAACAAAAAGUACCAAGACAAGGCCAAGGUUGCUGUAGAAGAGCUGGAAAAGGGCAACUUCAACCUGACCCUCGAUGCCGUCGAGCACUCCGAUCAGGGCACCUACCAGACCGUGUUCAUGUACAACGACAAGAAGGUGUUAGAGUGCACCAACUGGGUGCAUGUUGGAGCGGAAUUCAGUAAGCCGGAAGUGAGUGUGGUGUCAUGCGUGACGUCAGUGGAGAAGGUGAAGGAGGUGGAGGUCACGUGCCGCACCCGGGGAGGUUUCCCCCGGCCGUCCAUCCGCUGGAGCUCCGGUAACUGUUCGGCGGACCAGGAGGCGGACGACAAAAUCAAGGAGAGCUCCCAGAACAAAACCUUCGUCGUGCGGAGCCGUCUGACGGUCAAUGCCAGUGUGGGGCAGAAGUACACCUGCAGCAUCUUCAACCCCACGCUGGGGACGACUCAGGAGAACUCGGUCACCGUCCUCCAGUGUCUCGUCCCGAAACCCUUCCCCACCACGAUUUGUGUCAUCAUGGUCGCCGUGGUAGUCGUCGCUGCUAUGCUGUUUGUCUUCUUCGCCUGCAGAAAAAAAAAUGCCAACAGACCCAGGGAGGGAACAACAGCAGCGGCAGCGUCAGCAGCAGGUUAUGAUCUGGAGACACAGAAAUUACAGGGCAACGGUAAUUAUGGAAACCACACCGACGAACAUGAUUCAAAGAUCUUGUGAGAGUUUCCUCGGCUUUCCCGCAGUGGAUCCCCCACGGCCGCUCCCUUUCUCGCCUGGACUUUCUGUGCUCUCGCAGAGGAGGAAGCGGUCCGCUGGAAGGGCUGCACCGGCGUCGAACGGCCACCCCCGCGCACCGGGGAUCCUUCGGCACGCUCAUCUAGAAAGCGGCGGGAACACGUUACACUAAAGGAGAUGGGAACUCCCCGUCCCGCUCGGGAGCGCUACGCUUUGCUGUCUGCUGAGGAUUAUGGGAAGUUGUUACGAUGGCCUCGCUUGGCGUCUGUUCCCUAUGGAAAUAACCUUGUCUGGGGUGUUUCCUCUUUGUCUUGGGGACACGUUUUGAACAGAGUCCAUCGCUCGGCGGCGUCCCUGUGGGACAGGUGUCGUGGCCUCAGAGCUUUUUCUCAUGGUGCCCACCUACCUCUGUAUUUUUCAUGUACAUGUGUGUCAUGUACUGUAUAUAUCAUGUAAUAUAUAUGUAAUUUAUCUGUGAUGCCCUUUAGGGCUUUAACCCCUUUCCUGUAAUGUACAGUAUAGUAUCUGCCAGUAAUUUAUCAAGUGUUUCCUUCGUGAAAUGUGAACUGUGGUGAGGAAACACUUCAGCAUUAUUUAACUUCAAAAGCUUUACUAAUACCAAGUUCUCACAUCGCUGCCUGUGUUUACCUGCGUAACCAUGGCAACGUGUCCACCUUGCACUUUCACCGAUUUGACGGCGUAGCUGCGGAUAAAAUGUUGCUCCGUGGACAUGUCGGCUUUACUGUGUUACCAGUGCAAAUUCACAUCUGACACAGUGAGCAAAUGCAAACUGAACUCUGCUGGGAAAGUUCUGGAAUGCUCCGUGCGCUCCUGGACUGUCCUGCGGAUGUUGCUCUCGUGUGAACAAUAGAUUAUCUUGUUCUUUUUCAUAUUGGAAAGAGUCAUUAAACUUCGCUUUACUUAACUUCAAAGUUUCUCAUUUUCCUCCCUUGUAUGUUUUUAUGUACAUAUGUAUGGGUGUGCUGCAGAAGAUAAUAAUAAUA